GGAGCCGCCAUGAGCCGCGCCAAGUUCAUCGGUGAGGGGAUGAUGGGGAGGGCGGAGGGGCCAUGGCGAGUGCGGGGGUUUCUGUCCCCGGGUCUUCGACCCGAGCCCCCCGCUCCUCGCCUGGUUCUGGGCCGAGGCAGCCGCCGCUGCCCCACUGCGUGAAGGGCCGCGAGCAGCGGACGGGGCUUCGGGCUGAGCUGUGGCAGUGGCAAGGCUUGUCCCAGCCCUUCAUCCAGUGCUUGUCGCCUCAUGCUCCAGCCCCUUACCCGAGGUUUGUCGCAGUCCCUCAGAUAUUGGUAUUAACCUGACAGAUCCUAUGUUCAGAGGAAUCUACAGGGGAACACAGAAGCAUCAAGAUGACCUUCUGGAUGUAAUAGAGAGAGCAGUCAAAGUUGGCAUUAAAAAGUUUUUGAUUACAGGUGGGAGUCUAGAAGAUAGUAAAGAUGCAUUGCAGCUGGCACAGACAAAUGACAUGUUUUUCAGUACUGUUGGCUGUCAUCCUACUCGCUGUGGAGAAUUUGAGCAGAGUAGCCCUGAACAGUAUCUAUCUGAAUUAAAAAAUCUGAUUGAAAACAAUAGGACAAAGGUAGUAGCAGUUGGAGAAUGUGGCUUAGAUUUCGAUAGAUUAGAAUUUUGCCCAAAGGACAUCCAACUCAAGUAUUUUGAAAAACAAUUUGACUUGUCAGAACAAAUGCAGCUGCCCAUGUUUCUGCACUGUAGAAACUCACAUGCUGAAUUUUUAGAUAUAAUGAGAAGAAACAGAGAUAGAGUAGUAGGAGGGGUGGUACAUUCUUUUGAUGGCACAAAGGAACAAGCAGCUGCUCUAAUAGAUUUGGAUCUUUAUAUUGGAAUAAAUGGCUGUUCACUGAAAACAGAAGCCAACUUGGAAACACUGAAAUCAAUUCCUAGUGAACGAUUAAUGAUAGAGACUGAUGCACCUUGGUGUGGAGUGAAAAAUGCUCAUGCUGGAUCAAAAUACAUUAAAACUACAUUUCCUACAAAAAAGAAAUGGGAAAAAGGGCACUGCUUGAAGGACAGAAAUGAACCCUGCCAUAUAAUUCAAAUACUGGAAAUAAUGGCGGCAGUAAGAGAAGAUGACCCACUUGAGUUGGCCAAUACUCUCUAUAACAACACCAUUAAAGUCUUCUUUCCAAAUAUGUAAAGUUGUUUUUCUUACAUUUAUUCAGCAUAACUUCUGUAAAGAUAUUGCAAAAAUUUAAAAAUCAUCAUUCCUGCAAGUUCUAAUCAAUGGAAGCCAAUGUGUAGUGGGUUUGGGUUUUUUUAUGGUACAAGAUUAAAGCUGCUUUUGAAAAGGU